AUGCCGCGCGCUAGCGCAACGCGCCGUGAUGCAGCCGCCGGAACAAAAUCCGCGGCUCAGAGCGAUUCGAUGUUGCGUCCUCAUGUGCUUCUUUCCUUCAGCAAUCGCCUUUUAGCAAGUUCAAAACCAAAGGCAUUGACAAAGCAGAAGUAUCCUGUCACUGGAAUGACCAUGGGACCAUGUGCUAUUUUUGUAAAGGAACACUUUGCAAAACAUUCUCCCAAAAACCUCUCAGAAGGUAAAGAAACGAUGAAAGAAGCUGCUGCUGCUUGGAAAUCCCUAGAUGUAGUUCAAAGAAAGAAAUACGAGGAACUUGCAAAACAGUAUCGUGCCGAUAAAAUGCAUGAAUUCGAUGCCUUGAGUGAUGAGGAGAAGCAAGAGCGAAUCUCUUCUUCUCUGGAAGAAAAGGAGGAAAAAGCUAGAAGAAAAGAGCGGAGAGAAAGAAGAGAUAAAUGGGAGAAAACCGGACAUCCUGAACGGGCACCUUCCGCGUACAAUCUGUUCGUACAGGAACAGUUCAACCAAUUGAAGAAAAAAGGCGGUGUUGUCACACCUGUUGUGAAUACAAUGCAACGCAUUAGCGCCGAGUGGAAAGCUAUGAGUGAAUCUGCCAAAGAGCCUUAUAUCGCUAAAGCUUCCAAGAUGGCGGAAAGGUACAAGACAGAGCUGGAACUUUGGAAGUCAAAGUUGCAACAUGAAGAGAAAAAUCACCCAAAGGAGGUGUAG